AUGUUGAAUGAAUUACUUUUGAUAAGUUUAGUUUUGAAAGGAAUUGAAUGCCAAUUGAGUCAACUAAGCUUGAGUGCAACAGAAUCGUUGAUACAUGAAUCAGUAAGUUGUGCAUGCAAUUUUUCAACUGAUUUUUGUGAUGAAUACUGUUGCUGUGAUUCUAAAUGUGAUAGCAAUACAAUAGUUGAAUGGGAUUUAGCAAGAAAAUGCAGAGAGAAAAUAUAUUCCUCUGCGUAUCAAAUUCCUGAAUGCAAUAGAGAUUAUCAAAAAAGUUCAAGUGAUUUGUAUUUAGGACUAAGAAUUGCAUACAAUCUAUUUAAAAACUUGGGUUGCGUUACAAAUCAAAACACUUUGUCCACUUUGUAAAACAAAGAAUUAGAUUCAAAAGAUUAUACCGCUAAAAUAGAGGAAUACAUAUCUAAAUUUUCAAGCACCCCCACAUUUAUAGGUUUGUCUACUGAAAAUUACAUUACUUCAACUCUGAUAAACCAAGAAAUGACAAUGAUAAAGGAUGUCAAUCAAGUCAAAUUAGAAGAUAUCAGACUUACCCUGUCUCUAUAUGUUCAAGAUGUAUUAAGAUAUUCAAUUAUUCAAGAAUUAACUGAUGAUUAAAUAACACCACUAUUGCUAACAGAAUUCAAAUACUCAAAUUAUUUAUCAUUAACAAUCUGGGGAUUAAGUGUAAAGGUUAGUGCCACUUAUUAAAUUACAUAUAAUGACGCCACAAAGAGAUAUCAGUAUGCUACCAUUACAACUCCCACUGAUCCUGUCGGAAAAACUAAUAUGGUUGUCGGUGUUAUCUAUCAAUUCAAUAUGGCUGCGGUCCCUAUUGAUGAUACAGAAAAAAGUGGUAAACCAACUUCAAUUGAUGCUACGAUCUUUAUGAUAGAUGCUGUUCAGGUGAAUGCAGAUGCAGUCAACAUAAUACCUGCUAUCAGUGGAAUCAUUUAUAAAACUGUCAAAGGGGAGGCCUAUGAUAUAUCAAGUAAGGGAGGAUAUUCAAGAGGAGCUCCUUUAAGAUUUAAAAAGUCUUUGGAUAAUACAAAUGAGGAAUUGUUAUAAUAAUUGUUUAUAGGAGUAGAAUCUUAUGAUGGAUUAUGCAUAUCCAGUACUACUAAAGAUGUCAGUCAUUCUUUUCAAAUCAAAUUUUUAGAGGAUUAAAAGAUUUCUUGUUCAAAAUCAUCCAUCAGUUUCUCAACUUCCAAUAUUUAUAAGAAUGUUGCAGAUAAUCUGAAAUUUGUAGCCAGAUAUGGUGAUUCAGGUUCAAAUAAUCUAAGUACUGAUGAAUGGUUGCUGGUAUCUCCAUGUUCAUCAACUGACAGUUAUCAGUUCUCUCUCACUUUUGGGUAUAUUGUAUAUGGAGAAAAGGGAAAGGAGAGGUUCAGAAUUAAUUCAGCCUCAUUGAUUUGCACUCAAGUAUCAAUUGAUGCUGCUUAAUACGAAUAUAGAUUUUAUAUUUAAUUUAUUGAGAUACCUAAUACUUGGACUCACUUUAAAGGACCUUCACCUUAACUUAUUGGAGGUCUCCCUGAUGAUAUUUUAGCACCCUUUAUUAAUUAUGGAUGA